CAAGGCACAGGAUCAAUUUAAGUCCUGCUCCACCAGCACUCCUGAUCUGUGGCACACGUCUGAAGCUUUGGAAUCACAAAGCAUCCUGGAGAAAAAACCUAAAGCAAACAGAAAGGAAAGAUCAAGGUCUCAUAAAACUACUCAGCUGGAAUCUUAAAGAUGCCCCUGGAAGAAAUGAAAGAUCUCCAGCUGGUGGGAAGAUACAUAGAACCAGAAACCACAGAAGUGAAUGGAGUCCUUAUGACCAAGAUAAUAAGUGAUAAUUGGGACAAUAUCUGGAAUUUCCAAGCAAAAUCUGAUGAUCUCCUCAUUGCAUCCUACGCAAAGUCAGGCACAACCUGGACACAAGAAAUUGUGGACAUGAUCCAAAACGAUGGAGAUGUGCAGAUGUGCCAGAGGGCCAAUACCUUCGACCGGCAUCCUUUCAUUGAGUGGGCUUUACCCCCACCCUUCAACUCAGGGCUGGAUUUGGCCAAGAAAAUGCCUUCUCCUAGAACUAUGAAGACUCACCUGCCUGUUCAGUUGCUGCCACCUUCCUUCUGGAAAGAAAAUACAAAGAUUAUCUAUGUGGCUAGAAAUGCAAAGGACUGUCUGGUAUCCUACUACCAUUUCUCAAGAAUGUCUAAACUGGUACCUGACCCUGGUACAUGGGAGGAGUAUAUUGAGGCAUUCAAAGCUGGAAAAUUGCUGUGGGGUUCCUGGUAUGACCACGUAAAGGGAUGGUGGAAUGCGAAAGAUCAGCAUCCUAUUCUCUACCUCUUCUAUGAGGACAUAAAGGAGGAUCCAAAGCGGGAAAUUCAGAAGAUUUUGAAGUUCCUGGAGAAAGAAAUGCCAGAGGAAAUUCUGAAUAAAAUCAUCUAUCACACCUCCUUUGAUAUAAUGAAGCAAAAUCCGAUGGCCAACUAUACCACUUUGCCUACCACCCUCAUGGACCAAUCUAUUUCCCCUUUUAUGAGAAAAGGGAUGCCUGGGGACUGGAAGAACCAUUUCACUGUGGCCCAGAAUGAAGAAUUUGACAAGGACUACCAGGAGAAGAUGGCAGGGACUACCCUGACCUUCCGCACAGAGAUCUGAGAACAACAGGGGAAUCCAUCAGUCACGACCUCCUUCCUAGAUUUUAGACAUUUGAGCCUCAUAAUCAAGAAUACUUAAAACUACCAUACCUGUCCUCCAAUCCUGAGCUUUCCUACACUAUCCAUAGAUUCUAUGCCACUAUAAUAUACUUCAUCCAAAUGUAAUCAGAUCCUGGGUAGAUGUUUGAUGAAAUCAAAAUCUAGGUAGAAAUUUAAAAUUAUAUUAUGUGAUCAUUUGCAUAGACACCUCUCUAUUGUGUUGCACUAACCUGGGUACCAUACAGCGAUGCAGAGUAAAGAAAGAUUAUGAUCCCUGGCUGCUACACUCUGUCUCAUGUGGUAGUAAAUUCAAGGGCAGAAUUAUAAAACAAGGAAUCCAGAGUACUUUUUAUCAUCUCCCUAAAUAUUUAAAAGCCCCUGUCUUCUGCAAAUAGGACUUCUGGCCAGGGGUCAUUGUCUUCUUUGCCUCGGUCUUUUACUUGAGACAUCCAUGCUCAUUUUGUAAGUUUCAAGUUGAUAGUGAUUCCACCCUAUCUCUCUUGUUCCCUCCGGUGCUGUGAGGUUCCUGGUAUGACCAUGUGAAGGGAUGGUGGGAUGCAAAAGACACAUGGCAUAAUCUCAUCACUAGCUCACAAUAGCCUGACUGCCCAGAUGCAGAACUCAUGAAAAGAGAGAAAUAAAAGUGGAACUUCAACCUAAGAGAAAGAAAGUGAAUGAGAAACAGGAAGAGAAGUGAACACUAUGAAGAAUGUAUAGGGAGAACCAGAGUUUAUCCCUAACCAUCAAGAAUGAGACACAGAGGAUGACCCAGCUCUUGGAAGUACUAGGUUAUGAGGCACAGAUGGUGCUAGUGAGCUGUGCUUGAUUCAGGUAGUCUCAAGUUGGAUAUAGUCUCAAUACCAAAGAGAAAAGCGAGAGUGCAUGAGUGAUGAAAAGCGCAGGACAAACAAGAAACAGUUUACUUCUGAGGCUAACUCAAGGCUGGAAGACAGAAAACAACUUAUAUUUCAGAUGGGCUUCUUAGAGACAAAGGGGACAAGUCCUUAAAUUGGCCUCCCGUCCCCCAAAUCAAAUAAAAUACAAGCACCACAUGCACUUUAAUAAAAUCUUAACUACCACAUCUCUGGAAGGAUCACAUUUCAUGCUUCUUAAAAAGAGGCUCCUAGCAAAAUUGUCAGGACCACCAAAUUAUUCAGGCACACAUAUAAUCAUAUUCUGCUUCUUUUUCUUUUUCUUUUUCUUUCAUUAAAACCAGUCUCAAGGGGCACCUGGGUGGCUCAGUAGGUUGAGCAGCCGCCUUAGGCUCAGGUCAUGAUCUCAUGCUCCUGGGGUCAAGACCCAUAUCUGGCUGCUCAGCAGGGAUUUUGCUUUUCCCUCUCACUCUCCCUCCAUUCUCUCUCUCAAAUAAAUAAAAAGCAAAUGAAAGUUUAAAAUA